AUGGCGACGCAACUUGUCCCACUUCCAGAAGUGGAGCGGCUCAGUGCCUCUGUCGUGAGGAUAUUGGGCGGGAAUCCUGGGAAGUUUACAUUACAAGGAACAAACACAUAUCUCGUUGGACGAGGACAGAGGCGAAUUCUGAUCGACACAGGGGAGGGUAAGCCUGUCUGGACAUCUUUGCUUCGAACAGUGCUGCAGGAGGAGAACGCGACAGUGCACCAGGCUCUUAUCACACACUGGCACAAAGACCAUGUGAAUGGGAUUUCUGACCUGCUCAAGAUCUGUCCACAGGCGACUGUGUACAAGAACCAGCCCGAUGAGGAGGGACAUUCGGACAUUGAGGAUGGGCAGGUAUUCAGGGUCGAAGGAGCAACGUUGAGAGCGCAUUACACACCGGGUCAUGCCUAUGACCAUAUGGUGUUUGUGCUUGAAGAGGAGGAUGCUAUUUUCACGGCUGACAAUGUAUUGGGCCAUGGGACCUCUAGUUUUGAAAACCUAAGUGACUAUGUCACGAGUCUGCGGAAGAUGCUUGAUCUCGUUUCGGGCCGGGCGUAUCCCGGCCAUGGAGCUGUUAUUCCGAAUGCAAGGGCUAGGAUAUCGGACUACAUCAAGCAUCGACAGCAGCGGGAAGAUGAGAUCGUUCAAUUGCUGCGGUAUGGGAAGCUUGAUGUCUCUGAUCAGGAGCAGUCGCCGGAGAGGAAGACAUCCUGGGAGCUUCCUGAGUUGGUGAGAAUUAUCUAUCAGGAUAUCCCCGAGAGUCUACAUGUUGCUGCCUCGCAUGGAGUGCUGCAGGUGUUGAUGAAACUGGAAGAUGAGGGCCGUACGGUGCAUGAUUCUGUGUCGGGGAAAUGGACUUUUAGUAGCGGGAGACCUGCACUGUGA